CCAUCCGAAGACAUGUUCGACCUCUACAGUGUGCCUGAUGCUCUUGUGAGAAAGAAGAAGGCGAGCAGGCGACAUCGCGGGGAAUGCAGCAAAGAGCCUCUGGCUAAGAAAACCCACACUGAGGACCCUCCAGCAGCUGGUCCUUUGAAAAAUAUAAUGCCACCUCCAUCUCCCCUUGAGCAGCAAUCUCCGCCUGCACUGGUCGGGUCGACCCUUCCUCCACCGGCUCUUGUCGAUCAGAUACAGCCAGCUGCCCCUGUUCAAACAGGGGACGACUUAUCGAGUUGCGUUCUAAGAUCGGCCAAGGACAGGAUGACAAGGAUCCUGAGGCACGAGCGCAGCCAAGAAGCCAUGGCUGGGAUCUUGAACCGCGCACUAAACGAGCUUGCCAGUGCAAUGCUGACCAUGACUGCCAGCUGGCUCCGCUCGGGGGUCAUUACUGAGAAAUCCAAGGCGUUCGAGCAACGACACGCUGAGGAGCUUAAGGCCGUUGAAGCGAAAUAUUCAGAGCAGCUUGAGGUGGCUCAGAAGGCAAAUGCGGCAUUGCUCGAGGAGAAAGAUAAACUGUCCGAGGAGAUGGAGCAAUAGCAUGUUGCUUUGAACAAACCCUUGAAGCAAAGGAGAACUACAAAGAGUCCCACCUCACCAAUUUUUGCGAAGCCAAAAGACUCGAGGCGGACCUGAUCGAGAGCAGGCAAGAGGCUGAUAAGUUGGAGGCUCGCAUCAACGAUCUCGAAAAAACCAAUGCUAGUAAUCUGGAGAGGUACAAGGGCGCCACGUCCAAGUGCUUCUAUGAUUUCUGGAAGCACAACCAAGGGGCCGAUUUCAGCUAUCUCUCUGAGCGCAUGAGGAAAACAGAAAUAGCUCGGUGCGUUGCUCGCUUGGAGGAAGAAGAGAGGGCGAAAACCCCAGCCUCGCCCGAGAUCUCUUUGGCCACUGGCAUUGAAGGCGUAGAGAAUGAAGUUGAAGCUGUAGUCGACC